AUGAAACUCAUGAUCUCUGUAGGAAUCAUCUUGGGCAUGAUGACCCAUACCUCCGCUCUACCUAUCCAGGCAUGUGACUAUCGUGGAUCCUCUGGGGAGCCUCAACAACCUCACGAUGCUGACGAGGCAGAGAAGAGUCUCUCCACAUCAGAACUCCUCAACAAACACCUGCGGAGACCCACAGGAAAGAAACCUCACUGCUGCUCUGACUGUGGGAAGAGUUUUUCAACAUCACAGUCAUUACAAUAUCACCAAGCAAUUCACACUGGAGAGGGAACCUAUGGCUGUGAUGUAUGUGGRAUGACCUUUACUUCCUCGAGUGAACUGAUUUUACACCAGAGAACACACCACACGCAUUCCAGAGAGCCAUACCACUGCUCUGACYGUGGGAAGAGAUUUGUUUCAUCAAGCAGCCUACAACAACACCAGAGAGAAUGCACAGGAGAGAAACCUUAUAACUGUGAUGUAUGUGGGAAUUAUUGUGUUACGUCAGCAKCUCUGGCUGUACACCAGCGAACCCACACUGGAGAAAGACCUUACCACUGCUCUGACUGUGGCAAGAGUUUUGUUAGGUCAGRACAUUUAAAAUCACACCAGAGAACACACACAAGAGCCAAGCCAUAUGUCUGUGAUCAGUGUGGGAAGGGAUUCACUCAAAUCGGCACUCUGGCUUCACACCAGCGAACUCACACCGGAGAGAAGCCUUAUAGCUGUGAUCAGUGUGGGAAGAAAUUCACGCAGUCAGGAAGCCUGACUAUACACAAGCUAACACACACUCAAGAGAGGCCUCAYCACUGCUCUGACUGUGGCAAGAGUUUCCCUUUUAUUGGGACUUUAACACGUCACAAGCGAAACCACACAGGAGAGAAACCUUAUAGCUGUGCUGUAUGUGGGAAGAGUUUUACUACAUCAGGCAACUUGAUAUCACACCAGAGAACACACACAGGAGAGAAACCUCAUAGCUGUGAUCAGUGUGACAAGAGAUACUCUGAUAAAAGAUACCUGAUUAAACAUCAGAAAAUACAUACAGGAGAUCCACAGAGUGUAGACGACCUCCAACACCAGACCUGGUAGUAGAACACAGAGUGUGAACGAUCUCCAACACCAGACC